GCUAUACUAGCAACAAACAUGUUGAACAUGUGAAACCCAUCCAUCCAUCUCCUUCCUGUAUGAACCAGAAUGAACCAAACAGACAAACAGACAGACAGACAGACAGACAGACAAACAAACAAAUAAACAGAUUUGUUCUCUUUCCAGUAGAUGGAUGGAUAGAUGGUGGGUGCCAAGACAAGACAAGACAAGACAAGACAAGACAAGACAAGACAAGCAACCAACCAAGCAUCAAUCAAUCAAUCAAUCAAUCAUUACUCAUUCCUCAUGAAUCAUCUUCCACACACCCCGUCGCAUCCACAGAGACAUAAAUCAGAAACAGGAUCAGGAAUAAGCCGCCCCAAUAGACUUUUUUGGAGAAGCCAGCUGGUAAGAAAAAGGGUUGAUAAAUA